CGCGAAGGCGUCUGUCGGCGUGGUGUCAUUUUCUGCGGACCUUGGGUACAAGAGCGGGAAGGGCCCAGGGCGAGGGGCGGAGCCGCGGCGACCGGCGGGGCCGAGGUAACCGUCUUUUCGUCGAGGUCUCUAGGCUGCUCGGGCUCGGAGGGGUGGGCCCGGGGCCCGCGGCGCGGCCUGUGGCACCGUGGUGGUCGGGCGGCUUGCAGCCGAGCCCCGGGGCGCAGGAAGCCGCUCUUCCUCUCCAGCCCCCGCCCUCCCCGCUCGGCGCACACCUCCUCCCUGACGCAUUUUGCCGCACAAGCUGUAAUAUGGCGGCAGCGACGGCGGCCUCGGCUCCAGGGAGCUAGGUUCGUUUUGGAUGCUUCCAAACCGUGGGACGGAGCGCUGCUGCGUGGAGCAAAACGAUUGGCUCAGUUAUCCUUGGUGGGUUUUUUGUUUUUUAUUGUUUCCUCCAACUUAAAGAUUGAAGUGUUGGAACCAUGGGAAUAAAGGUCCAGCGUCCUCGAUGUUUUUUUGACAUUGCCAUUAAUAAUCAACCUGCUGGAAGAGUUGUCUUUGAAUUAUUUUCCGAUGUAUGUCCCAAAACGUGUGAGAACUUUCGUUGCCUUUGUACAGGUGAAAAAGGGACAGGAAAAUCAACUCAGAAGCCAUUACAUUAUAAGAGCUGUCUCUUUCAUAGAGUUGUUAAGGAUUUCAUGGUUCAGGGUGGUGACUUCAGUGAAGGGAAUGGAAGAGGAGGAGAAUCUAUUUAUGGAGGAUUCUUUGAAGAUGAAAGUUUUGCUGUUAAACACAACAAAGAGUUUCUUUUAUCAAUGGCCAACAGAGGGAAGGAUACAAAUGGCUCUCAGUUCUUUAUAACAACGAAACCAACUCCUCAUUUAGACGGGCAUCAUGUUGUUUUUGGGCAAGUGAUCUCUGGUCAGGAAGUUGUGAGAGAGAUUGAAAACCAGAAGACAGAUGCUGCUAGCAAACCGUUUGCUGAGGUUCGGAUACUCAGUUGUGGAGAGCUGAUUCCGAAGUCUAAGGUUAAGAAAGAAGAAAAGAAAAGGCAUAAGUCAUCAUCAUCAUCAUCAUCCAGUGACUCAGACAGCUCAAGUGAUUCUCAGUCCUCCUCUGAUUCUUCUGAUUCUGAAAGUGCUUCUGAAGAAAAAUCCAGAAAAAGGAAAAAGAAACAUAGGAAAAAUUCCCGAAAGCAUAAGAAGGAGAAGAAGAAGCGAAAGAAAAGCAAGAAAAGCCCAUCCAGUGAAAGUGAAGCGGGAAAUGUUGAUGCACAGCCCCAGUCUACUGUCCGUCCAGAAGAGAUCCCUCCUAUACCAGAAAAUAGAUUUCUAAUGAGAAAAAGUCCGCCUAAAGCUGAUGACAAGGAGAGGAAAAACAGAGAGAGAGAGAGAGAAAGAGAGUGUAAUCCACCUAACUCCCAGCCUGCUUCAUACCAGCGACGAUUCUUAGUUACUAGGUCUGGCAGGAAAAUUAAAGGAAGAGGACCAAGGCGUUAUCGAACUCCUUCCAGAUCUAGAUCAAGGGAUCGAUUCAGACGAAGUGAGACUCCUCCACAUUGGAGACAAGAGAUGCAGAGAGCUCAGAGAAUGAGGGUGUCAAGCGGUGAAAGAUGGAUCAAAGGGGAUAAGAGUGAGUUAAAUGAAAUAAAAGAAAAUCAAAGGAGCCCAGUUAGAGUAAAAGAGAAAAAAAUUACAGAUCACAGACACAUGUCUGAGAGUCCAAAUAGAAAAUUAGAAAAAGAAAAGAAAGUUAAAGACCAUAAAUCUGAAAGCAAAGAGAGAGACAUCAGAAGAAAUUCAGAAAAAGAUGAUAAAUACAACAAAAACAAAGUGAAGAAAAGGGGCAAAUCCAAGAGUAGGAGCAAGAGCAAGGAGAGAUCCAAGAGUAAGGAGCGAGACUCGAGGCACAGUAGACACGAAGACAAGAGGGUGAGGUCAAGAAGUAAAGAAAGGGAUCAUGAGACUACUAAGGAAAAAGAAAAACAGUUGGAUUCUAAAGGGAAAGAUCAGGAAAGGAGUAGAAGCAAAGAGAACUCCAAACAGGUAGAAUCAAAAAGUAACGAACAUGAUCACAGCAAAAGUAAAGAAAAGGAUAGACGUGCACAGUCCAGGAGUAGAGAGCGGGAUCUGACUAAAAGUAAACACAGUUACAACAGUAGAACAAGGGAGCGGAGCAGAAGUAGGGACAGGAGCAGAAGAGCGCGGUCCAGAAGCCAUGACAGAGAUCGCAGCAGAAGCAAAGAGUACCACAGAUACAGAGAGCAGGAGUAUAGGAGAAGAGGAAGGUCACGAAGCCGGGAUAGAAGAACACCAGGACGAUCGAGAAGUAAAGAUAGGAGGAGAAGAAGGAGGGAUUCCCGGAGCUCAGAGAGAGAAGAAAGUCAAAGUAGAAACAAAGAAAAAUAUAGAAGCCAAGAAAGUAAGAGUUCACACAGAAAAGAGAAUUCUGAGGGUGAGAAAAGAUUGUACUCUAAAAGUCGUGAUCAAAAUAGCUCGAAUAAUAACAGGGAAAAGAAAGCUGAUAGAGAUCAAAGUCCAGUGUCAAAAACAAAGCAAAGCGGUCAGGACAAUGAAGUGAAGUCCUCCACGUUAAAAAAUCAAGAGGAUGAGAAGACCAGAUCCCCAGUGGAAAAAGAAAACCAAAAAUCAAAGGGUCAAGAAAAUGACCAUGUACAUGACAAAAAUAAAAAAUGUGAUCAUGAAUCAAGCCCUGGAACAGAUGAAGACAAAAGUGGAUGAGUGAGUUGUGUACACUUAUUUCCUCCCUGUCUCAAAUUUUAAGUUUUCAAGACUUAUUGUUGAACCUUCCUUUGUUUUUUUUGUUGUUUUCAUUGUUUUGGAGUUGUUUUGUUUGUGUCCUUCCCCCCCCCCUUUUUUUUUUUUAAAUGUGGACUUCAUUGAGUUGAUCUUUUGAUAAUCUGCUACCUGGAUAAUUUGUACUGCUAAAGUUUUAAUAAACUUGAAAUGAAAAGAAAAACAACACUUUGGUGUAAUACUGUGUGCUAUGUUAAACUCUUAUGUAUUCAUUUUGGUGUUGCAGCAGUCGAUAGCAGCCUACUUUACUUAGUCGGCACUCGGAAACAAGCUUAACCGUUGGUUGCAGUACAUUGUUUUACAAGCUUGUGUUUCUUUUGAUACAAAUCCCUUUAGAAACCACAUGAAGUUUUGUAUAGCUUUUUGGAUUUUGGUUUUUCAUUUAUAAUUCAUGGGCUUAUAGCAGUUUCCUUAAUUAGCAGAAGCAGGAUCCUUGUGUGAUCUUAAACCUUCACUUGAUUUUACAGUUGUUUGUACUUUACUUUUUUUGUGCUUUAUACCUUAUACUUUACAAUUCCAGCUGUAGCUUGUUUCUACUGUCCACGUUGCUCUUUGAGCUGUAAAAAUGAGAUGAGUGCUGUUUUCAGUUCAUGUGCUGAUUGAGCUUGAGUUGCUGUCAUACAGCAUUUGACAGGAAUUAGACCUUGGAAGACCAGCCUGUAAUUUUCAAUCCUUUGUUGCUUUUGGUGUGAAGAGCUGAAGUUGUUGCUUUUUAAAAACAUGUUAUUACCUUUUUCUACAAUUUGAAAAAUGCAUUUCUCAUUAAAACAUACUACUUGUGUAGGUUCUUAAGCUAGACAGAUUCUAAAAAGCGUUAGUAUUGGAAAUAAGAUUUUCCUAUUUUGGCUAUUAGCCUAUAUCACAUUGAGUGUAAAUUCUGCAUGAUUUUUUUUUUUUUUUAAACUUGGACUAACUUCUCUAAUUCUCAUAGCUGUGAAUAUGAAAUGUCAAGAAGAUGCAUCUUUCUAUAUAUAUACACCAUAAUAGGCUGUAGCAUGUUUGUGACUCUGGUUUCUUUCUGUUCAGAUGGCUUUAGACCAGUUAACAUUAAUGCUGUUAACAUUAUUUUAACUUGGCAUGUAUAACAUUGCCAUAUAGAGUAGGAUAGAAAGUUGCAAAAUAUGAUGCCGUACAGAGUUAAACACUAAACAUAUCCAAAGUCCAUUCAGAAUUUUGUGUGUUGUAUUUUGCUAUUUUUGUGAUGUGUGGCCUUUUAUUCUGUAAUAUCCUUCUAAAUAAAACAUUGAACAUCCAGCAAACACAAAA